UGUAAAAGAUCUUGAAAGUUUUCUGAUCCUUAGUUAAUUUGUGGCAACGUGCAAGUGGUUUUCUGAUCACAUUGUACAACCAUGGAGAUUUUAAUUACAAUGUUGUUUCUUCUGCAUAUCUAUAUUCCCUUACGAAAUUAUAUAUAUUUCUUGGCUUUCAUGAUCUCCAGUUACCUCCUUUCUUUCUUUUUCUUUUGUGGUUAUCUUCUCUUGUUUGCUCAAUGCUUAUAAUCGUAUAUGAGACUUUCACUUUAGGAUCUGGGUGAAUUUUGGCCAGCUAGUUAAUUAAGAAGUAACCCUUUUUUAGAAUUUAUUGAAAAACAAUAGUGAGAAAAAUAACGUUGUGCCUUUGAUAGGGAUCUUAAAUUGGAAAGUUGGGACUACAUAGUUAAAACCACUUGAUUUUUUUUCUUCUGUUCCGUAACGACCAACCACUUGAACUAAAUAGUGUGAUGUUAUUUUCAAAAUUAAUCACUUGGUUCGUGUUUAUAGUCUUCAUGUGGUAUCCAAAAGUAUAUCUCAACUCAAUCGUUUUGAAUUUCGGAUUAAAAGAACGAUGCAUUAGUUUGGAAAUAUAUGCUUUUAGGCUCAUGGAGUGUUAGCAGCAAGGAAUAGGAGUUUGUGGGGGUGGUUUAUAUCUAUGUUAAUUUUAUGUCAAUAAACUUUACUGUGCAGGAUUUUGAGCAAGACAAUUGCAAGUGCUAAUAUUUUGGAAGAUGUCUUCGUUUCCGAUAGAUAGAUCCCAUAAUGGGAGUCUUAAGUGUCUAGAGGCACUAAGUAGUGUAUCAGAAAAGGAGGAAUUUGAUUUCUCAAAAGCAUUAGAUAGGCCUAGGGCUCUGAAUAUAGAGAGACAGAGAUCAUUUGAUGAAAGAUCAAUGAAUGAACUAUCCUUAGGCUUUUCUCCACGUCAAUUGGCCACAAAAGUUGAUAGUUCAUCUCGCCUGGGAGAUCUUCUUGAUCAUGUACAUUCUCCUAGGCCAAAGUCAGAUAUUAAUACUCCGGGAUCAGUGACAUUGGAUCCACAUCCAUUAACAUCAGAAGCUUGGGAAGAGCUGAGGCGUUCCUUGGUAUAUUUCCGUGGUCAGCCAGUUGGUACAAUUGCUGCUUUGGAUAAUUCUGAUGAGAAACUUAAUUAUGAUCAGGUGUUUAUAAGAGACUUUGUCCCAAGUGCUUUGGCUUUUCUGAUGCAUGGGGAAACGGACAUUGUUAAAAAUUUUCUUUUAAAGACCCUUCGCCUUCAAUCAUGGGAGAAAAAGAUUGACAGGUUCCAACUAGCAGAAGGGGUGAUGCCUGCUAGUUUUAAAGUAUUCCAUGACCCAGUUAGAAAUCAUGAGACCCUGAUAGCAGAUUUUGGUGAAAGUGCAAUAGGCAGGGUUGCUCCUGUUGAUUCUGGAUUUUGGUGGAUUAUACUGCUUCGCGCAUACACAAAGGCUACAGGAGACUCUUCUUUGGCUGAACGGCCUGAAUGUCAAAAGGGUAUGCGCUUGAUCUUGAGUUUAUGCCUGUCAGAGGGGUUUGACACGUUUCCAACUUUACUAUGUGCUGAUGGAUGCUGCAUGAUUGAUCGAAGAAUGGGUGUUUAUGGGUAUCCAAUUGAGAUUCAAGCAUUGUUCUUCAUGGCUUUAAGAUGUGCCUUGCAAUUGCUUAAGCAAGACAUGGAAGGGAAAGAGUUUGUGGAGCGAAUUGUGAAACGGUUGCAUGCCUUAAGCUAUCAUAUGAGGAGCUACUUUUGGUUGGAUUUGAAGCAGCUUAAUGAUGUAUACCGCUUCAAAACAGAAGAGUACUCGCAUACUGCAGUGAACAAGUUCAAUGUUAUUCCUGAUUCAUUACCAGAUUGGAUAUUUGAUUUCAUGCCUCAUCAUGGUGGAUACUUUGUUGGGAAUGUGAGCCCGGCUAGGAUGGAUUUCAGGUGGUUUUGCUUGGGCAAUUGCAUUGCAAUUUUGUCGUGCAUGGCAACUCCUGAGCAGUCAAUUGCAAUCAUGGAUCUCAUUGAAUCACGCUGGGAGGAAUUAAUUGGAGAGAUGCCUGUCAAAGUUUGUUAUCCAGCAAUUGAAAACCAUGAAUGGAGGCUCGUAACAGGAUGUGACCCUAAAAAUACUAGAUGGAGUUACCACAACGGGGGAUCCUGGCCAGUUCUUUUAUGGCUUCUGGCUGCGGCAUCGAUCAAGACUGGGAGGCCCCAAAUUGCAAGGCGUGCCCUUAACAUUGCUGAGAGCAAAUUGCUGAAGGACAACUGGCCCGAAUACUAUGAUGGAACGACGGGCCGAUAUGUUGGGAAGCAGGCCCGUAAGUUCCAGACCUGGUCCAUUGCUGGUUACUUGUCCGCUAGGAUGAUGCUCGAUGAUCCAUCCCAUUUAGGUCUUGUUGCUCUCGAAGAAGACAAACACCUCAAGCCUUUGCUCAAGAGAUCAAUUUCGUGGACUUUAUGAGUCACUUUAUUCUUUCAUUCAUCCAUUUUGAACUUGUGGCAAUGAUAGAAAAGAGUUUUCUCA